GUCGAUAACAAACAAUAUGGCGAAGCUAUGUAGGAGUCACUGAAUUAGUGUCGGUGGAGGCAUCAGCCAACACUGCCCCAUCGAUGACUCAACUCUCACGAUAAAAGCAACCACAGCUGCCUCUCUCCAUCCCAAUGACCUACAUUUCCCUUCACUACGUUCACAAUGGCAUCCAUUCAGAUUCCGCCAGACUUCCUCAAGGGCGAGUGCCCGAGCGCCAGCCUGCGCCGCUUGGAUUUCAUGCAGACAUUGCCUCCAAUUCCUGCCUUCAAAGAUCACUUUGCCGCCGUGGUCGAUGACCUUCUGACGCCGGACGAAUGCCAGCACCUUCUUCGUCUGGUCGAAGGAUCAACCCUCCCGACGAACCAACCAUCAGCCGCGCCGACAUGGCAUCGUGCAAUGGUCAAUGGCGGCAACGGCAAACAGGAUAUGGCGGUCGACACGCGCAACUGCGGGCGCAUCAUAUGGGAUACUCCUGAGAUCGCCGACCGACUUUUUCGUCGCCUGAGACCAUUUUUGAAAGAAUGCGAGAUUGACACGAUCCAAAACCAACCACUCGUGACAGGCCGGGGACCAGCCAAGCGUCAAGAGGAGUUUCAAUUAUCCCGACUCAAUGAGCGUAUCCGAUUCCUGCGGUACAAAGGAGGAGAAUACUUCCGACCGCAUUGGGAUGGGAACUACGUGACGGAAGAUGGAAAUGAAAUGUCGUUGUUUACGGUGCAUUUAUACCUGAAUGGAACCGGCGAGCAAGACGUGGAAGAGCUCGAGAGGAGAAUCGAAGAGUCGGAGCGAGAGACAGGGCUCUUGGAGGAGGAUGGGGAGAUCGAACUUGGUAAUAUUGCGCCAGACCGUGACAACAACAGUGACCUUGCCGAGUCGUCAGAUGAGAGUUCAAAUGACAUGAGGACUCGCCGGGCUGCGGGAGGCGGCGAUGAUCAGGACGCCCUUCUUGGGGGUGCGACAUCGUUUAGCGAUGGCUUCCGCAGUAAGGGCGCGGUUCGAGUGUUUCCGAGGGCCGGAUCCGUUCUCAUCUUCCAGCAGAGAAAUCUCUUCCACGGAGGGGACGACGUCUUCUGCGGCGUGAAGUAUACGGCUAGGACGGACGUGAUGUAUAGGAAAGCAGCGAAGGAGUAGUCGAUAUCCCGAGACUCACAAAGAAAUGAGAAUAUGAUGAUCACAAUCGCAGCCUGUUCAGCGCCCGAGAAUCUUGUCGCGAUGAGUAAAUCGGCCAUCCCUCUUGAUUUGUUCGUAGAAAUUUCUCGCCCAGUGGAGAUGAUAGCUAUCGCCUAGGUCUGUAAACAGCCUCAAUGACAUUUCCUGGUCUCUCAAGUAUUCCGAGUGAUUAAACGGCGAAUACAUGUAGCGUCUCUGAAUGGCCGGCCUAUCUCGA